AUGUUGGAUGACUAUUACAGGUGCUUUAGGCAUUAAAUUAGGAGUAGCACCAUAAGGUAGCUGGUACUUGAAAAACAGAAUCAUGUAAAGAUUUUAGCCAAAACUUUGGGAAGAUAUUGUAUAGUAUUUAAUUGUUCCAAAUAAAUUACUCUUAAUAUGAUGGAAAAAUUAUUUGCAGGAUAACAUAUUGUGGAGAUGAAUUUAAUAUAUUUUUAUUGA